ACAAUAAAGGCUUUUCUAUUCUAUCUAUUCUAUUCUACAUGUGAGCUCUUUUCUCAUAUUCAUAUUGCGUCACUCUUCUAGUGUUGUUGGUUGGGUCUGUACUUCAGUCAGCAGACGCUCAUUGGUGUCUAAGGAACUGUUCUGCCGAGAGCACUCGUUUCAGCCUAAAUGGUCGUACGUCAGAUAACGUUUGAACUCGAUAUACCGCCAACAGUCUAUUGGAGAUCUACCCCUAUGAAUGUUGCAAUCAUCAGUCUGCUACUUUAUGAGGCGUAUACCUGGAAGACGGGUAGCCUGUUGCUGUUGGUGACAUUUGUCGAUAUUUCCAUAAAUCCAAUCGUUUGGAUAAACCGGUGUCAUCUGCCACCAAAGGGAUCAACACCAACUGCUUGUAGCCUGUCUGUCUGCCCUAGCAAUGCAACAGUGUGAGAAUUAUGACAAACCAGUGUCAUUCUUCUACAAUCACAGCGGAAAGCACAUAACAUCGGUCUGGUCCAGUAGAGACUAUGUGGUGUUAGGUCUCGGGGUCACAGUUUGUCUCAUCGUCAUACUGUCCAACAUACUGGUCAUCGCUGCCAUCACGAUCAACCGUAAGUUCCACUUCCCCAUCUACUACUUACUGGGCAACCUGGCAGCGGCGGACCUGUUUGCUGGGGUGUCCUAUGUGAACCUGCUCUUCCACACGGGGCCCUACACCAUCGGUCUCACGCAGCACGAAUGGUUCAUACGCGGGGCCCUUGUCGACAUGAGCCUGACAGCCUCGGUGGCGAACCUGCUGGCGGUGGCCGUGGAGAGGCACCAGACCAUCUUCACCAUGCAGCUCCACAGCACCAUGACCAACCGGCGCGUGGUGCUGCUCAUCCUGGGCCUCUGGGUGGUGGCCAUUUUCAUGGGCCUGGUGCCCUCCAUGGGCUGGCACUGCGUGUGCGACCUGGACACCUGCUCUACCACGGUGCCGCUGUACCAGCGCAGCUUCCUGGUGUUCUGGGCCGUGCUCAACCUGCUGAUGUUCUCCAUCAUGGUGGCCAUGUACGCGCGCAUCUUCCUUUACGUGCGCCGCCGCUGCCGCAGCAGGCCCACCCCGGAUGCUGACCAGCUGAAUUAUGAGACAGUCAUCAACCUGAUGAAGACUGUGGUCAUAGUGUUAGGUGCUUUUGUCAUCUGCUGGACCCCUGGCCUAGUGAUCCUUCUGCUGGAUGGGCUGGGUUGCAAGGUUUGCCAGGUUCUGCAGUAUGAGAAGUUCUGCCUGGCCUUGGCCGAGUGCAACUCGCUGGUGAAUCCGAUCAUCUACUCGUACAGAGACGAGGACAUGAGAAAGACCUUCAAGCAGAUUCUCUGUUUCGUGUGCAGGAGUGACAGCGACCAGCAGGGGGAGCCGUCCACUAUUGAGUUCAAGAAAAGGGACAGUAGAUCUUCAAGACGCCAUCUGUUCUCAAGCAGCUCCGCAUAGCAUUGUUAUGUGCAUAUGAAGACACUUUUGGAGUUGCAAUUUGUCUUGCAUAAGUCUUUUGGAGUUGCAAUUUGUGAGCAUACCAUUCUCGAAUCUGGUAUUUGUGGACGAAGGAGUUGAAAGAAAAAAACAACACCUGCUACAUUUAAUUGAUUAUCGUAUUGUCAUAUAGGACAAGGUUAUUUUGCCUUUUUGCAUCUUCCUGUUGUUUAUCAUGCAUUGCUAGAUUUCUAAAUUGUAACUCACCCAGGGAAACCGGAAAGAGCAAUGCUUUCUCCUAUCUAUGCAUCAAUGGCCUGCUUCACAUUUAUACCAGGAAAUAGCCCAGUAUAGGCCCUCUCCCAGCGUGCCAUGGGACACUGAGCCACAGCACUGGCUGGCCAAUAGGGCCUUUAUUGGGGAUGCACAGUGGCAGUUGAUGGGCAAGGUGAUAAAGGCCUGAAAACAGUGCCCAUCUGUGCCAGGCGCCCAGAUACCCCGGCUGGUCUGGGGAUGAAACCAGUGGACUCUCAGCCACCAACUUUCUGCCUCUGGGAACACCCAAGCUACUGUGAUCACAGAAGAAGCACGUGUUAAGGAUGGUCUUACAUUUGUCCUGUUACACCCACAAAUGUAAUAACUUCUCACAAACGUAAUACAAAUUUGCACUUUUUAAACAUAAUAGUCCCACAAACAUAACUUCCUGCAAAUGACUUAAUGAUUGGGUUAUUAUUGGUGGGAAAUGAGUCAUUACGUUUGUGGGUGUGACAGGUCCUGUUUAUUACUGCCAAAUGACGAUGUUCAUUUGUGGGAUGGACGCUGGCUGUUGUGGGUAAUGUGUGAAACUUUUUUUUGUUUGUUUUGUUGAAUGGAGCUUGUAAUCGUUUGCACUUCCUCACAGUAUCCAUCUUGAAUAUAGACUAACACUGAUUAUUAAGAGGUAUUGCAAACCAGAUUUCUGCUGACGGCCCAUGAUUACACACUGUGAACCAUCAUAUUGUUGCAGCAGAUUUGUAUCAAGUAUUAAAUGUUUAACAUUUUA